AUGCGCCUGAAAAUGGGUCCAGUUCACCAGAAGCAAAAGCCUUCAGACCGAGAGGUCAUAGUAGCUAUCUUUGGGAAUAUCUUGUUUGGCGCAGCUCGCUACGCCCCUCGAACGCCUUUACUGGGGAGAGAAGGGGAGGGAGUCCUUUCAGGGGUGCUUUCUGUCGACUGGGGCCGUGGUAACAGCACUGUUGAAUUAUACCUUCGCCUCUCAUCCGAGGGUUCGCAGUUCCCGCCCCGCCCAGGCGCGAGAAGUUGCAAAUGUAGCAUGGAGGUUACUGCUGUGGCGGGCACCACAAUUGGCUGUAUACAGGAUAUACAGGUUGGUGAGAAGAACACUUCCCUGUGGUACUCCACUUUUGAGGUAGAGGGGGCACCCAGGCAUGAGCCCAGGCGUUUUUGUAGCAGUCCUGUGGUCCAGGAAGCUGCAGAGGAGGCGUGUCCCGCAAAGCGCCCAGUGUCGUACCAGCUAACGGAAAGCGGCGAGGGCGUGUACCGCGUGGCCUUCGUGACGACGGAGGUGGGGUCGUACGUGGUGGACGUUGCGGUGGCAGGCCAGAAGGUCCAGGGCUCGCCCUUCAUUGCCAAAGCGUACGACGCAGGGCUCAUUAGGGUCUCUGACGUGCCCAACGGAGUGGUCGGUCAGCCAUGCCAGUUCAGAGUGGACGCCUCUCAGGCCGGUGAGGGGCAGUUGGAGAUCAGCAUCAACGACGGGGAGGUGCCGAACCACGUGCAAGUGCUGGGCGGGGGACGCUGCCUCGUCUCAUUCACGCCAGACACAGCCAAGUUGCAUACCAUAGAUAUUAAGUUCAACGGGGAGACUGUACGUGGAUGUCCUUUUGUUUGCCGUGUGGCAGAUACGUCAAGGGUGAGCCUGACGCUACGCCACCUAGAGCUGAUUCCAGUGGGCCAGUCUGCUGCAUUUAAUAUUGCCGUGGAUGGAGGAGGUUCCGCCGAGCUUACUGUCACCGUUAGAACACCAAGUCACACGACGCUGCCAGUGCGAGUAUCUGGUAGUGUGCGUGCUGGCUUCACGGCGGAAUUUACACCCGUGGAGGUCGGCGCCCACACCAUCAUCGUCAAUUACAACGAUUCGGCUGUGUCAGGGACGCCCUUCACUUGCAAGGUGUAUGAUGCAGCGAAAGUAGGCGUGUCGCAUCUUCCUCGUGGUGCAAUUGGCAAGAGUCUUCAAUUUGUUGUGGAUGCAUCGGAGGCUGGCGAGGGUAAUCUGGAGAUUAGUAUUAGUGCAGCUGGGAGGAACAUCCCAACCCAGGUGCAUCCCCAGGGCUCAGCAAGAUUUGCUGUUUCUUUUGUACCGUUGGAAGCCAUUGAUCACGUGAUAAACAUUUCUUUCAACAAAGAACCUGUCCAGGGAUCCCCAUUUGUUGCAAAGGUUCAGGCAGACCCCAAUCGGAUUGUGGUUAGUGGCCAGUCCUUGGCAGCCACGGCAGUAGGAAAGACUUCGUUUUUUACUAUAUCCAACGUUACCGGCUCAGUGGAGGAUGUAGAGGUAUCAGUUGAAGAUUAA